AUGUGUAUCAUGUGGUUCGUAACGCACAACGACGGCCCCCGGGAGCACCUUAUCGACUACCUUCACUGCGGCCAUCUCGACUGCCCUGGAACGUUGGAGUUUCACAACAAGUGCGUGCUCGUAGAACCCCGCGCCGACUGUGGAGAGUGUCUGAAGGCAGAUGGCGAUCAGGUGGAUCAAGAGGUCGCUGAGCAAGAGAAUGUUGCGGUUGGAGGACGGAACCAAGAGGAGGACGAUGACGAGGCCGGCUCAUACCACAGCUUCCGAAGCCUCUCGGACGUCGACAGCAUCACGUCACACUGGCGUCUAGACCCGCCGCGUGCCCGUCGAACGGCUCGAGGUCCGCAAGAGAACUCGCCAGCACCAGCUCCACAUGCUUCUCCAGGAGUUGCGGAGCCGUUCGAAACCCGCUCCGCCCACGACCCACACGAGAUGCAAGAAGUAGGCUCGCCAUUCCACGAAAACGGCUCCAACCAGGACCCGAACAUUCCCGAUGUUGCGGAAGGCCAAUUCAGCGACUCACCUAACACGCUCAAGCACCGUCAUCUCGUCAACGGUCAGCUGAAAGAGCUGAAAAAGCUUACCAAGCGGAUGUCUCGUCAUCGACGCCAGAACAGUGGACCCGGGCGCCCACAACAGCAUCACCGACGUCAAAACAGCCAGGCGACUGGUAAUGUUGUCGCCCCACACCCCUAUCCGUUCGCGUUGGACGGGAGCCCAGUACCUCAGGGCCUGCCAGGAGGUCAUGUGCCGUCGUACUUGGGAGUACCUCAACCAGGCCAGGCGCCGACGUGGGUCUGGGGACCGGUUCCGCCGCCUCAUCUGAGGGGGAUGUAUCCACCUUUCUAG